AUCCCUUUAAAUGGUCACUGGGCAAGGGGGUUCUGGAACCCCAGAGGCCUCACAGAGACUCACCUUUCCCCACCCAUUUAGGAUCUGUGUUCAAGACACCCUAGGGAGCUGGGUGAGUCACUUAGGUGGAUGUGGGUAGGGGUGGGGUGGUGGUGAGGGCACCAGGCCCCCAGAAGUGACAUUUCACUAAGAGGGGGAAAAGGCUACAAAGCCCCAGGAACGUCAGUGGAGGGGUGUCUGGUCUCUAGAAGGGUGACUGAAGAAGGGAGUGAAAGGAGUUGAGGGUCCCUGGGCAAGGUUAUUGAGGAGGGGGCCUGAGGUAUGGGGGAUCUGAGGAGGGAGCCUCCUGAAGUGGGAGUUUCGGGGGGCCCAAUCGAACUUGUGGGGUCCUUGACAGCAGUUCCCACGACAUGGGGGUGAAGCGGAGCCUUCAGAGCGGGGGUGUCCUGCUCAGUUUCUUGACCAACGUCCUCGCGGUGCUGUCCACCGCCACCAACUACUGGACCCGCCAGCACGGGGGCCACAGCGGCUUGUGGCAGGAGUGCACCCAGGGCACCUGCUCCAACAUUCCCUGCCAGACCAUGCUGGCCAUGACUGGAGCAUGCAUGGUGCUGGCGGCGGGCUUUGGCUUGGUGGCCAUGGCGAUGGGGCUGCGGAUCCGGUGCCAAGAGGGCGACUCUCUGCGGGGCCAGACUACCAGCGCCAUGCUCUUCCUCAGCGGGCUGCUGCUGCUGAUCGCCUUAACCGGCUACACGGUGAAGAAUGCGUGGAAACAGGACGUCUUCUUCUCCUGGUCCUAUUUUACCGGGUGGCUGGCUUUCCCCUUCUCGAUUCUCGCUGGCUUUUGCUUUCUGCUGGCGGACAUGAUCGUGCAGAGCACCGAGGCCAUCAGUGGGUUCCCCGUGUGCCUGUGACGGCGCCCGUCUGGGGCAGAAUAAAGAACGAUUUUUAGC